AUGUCCUCCUCUUCUCAACACCCACCUGCCAUCCUCGAUUCCACCUCCUCUCACCCUCCAUCUGGCCCCUCUCAUCCAGACGCCACGUCCUCCACAGCCCACUCAUCCUCACAACCAACCUCAGACACAAAACCUCUCAAUGCCCCAGCCAAAGACAGACUCCCCUCCCCCCAUACCUCCUCCACCUCCCAAUUCGCCAGUCGGACGUUAGACACCCAAUCCCAACCCCAAGCUCAAUCCUCAACCAGCCUAGCCUCCCCACCUGAUCCCUCCGAUCGAGCAAGAACAACCGCAUACAUCACCGCCGCUAAAUCCCUCCUCACGUCCCACAUCCCCAGCUACCCCGACUUCCCAGAGCAAGGCAUCCUCUUUUACGACAUCCUCCCUCUAUUCUACUCUCCGCAAACCCACACCACCCUACUCAACGCCCUCAACCUUCUGAUCACGCUCAAUUUCUCCCCAGAGAACCGGCCUGAUCUCAUCGUCGGCCUUGAAGCUCGAGGCUUCCUCUUCGGCCCCUCCCUCGCCCGUCUCCUCAAUAUCGGUUUCGUGCCUGUACGGAAGCCCGGGAAGCUGCCGGGGAAGAUUGAGACGGCGGAGUAUCAGAAAGAGUACGGGGUGGACAAGUUCGAGAUACAAGCGGAGGGGAUAUCGAAGGGGAAGAAGGUGCUGGUUGUUGAUGAUGUGAUCGCUACAGGCAAGGCACAGUGGCUGAUACGUGUGACAGGAGGUUCAGCAGCCGCCUGCGGGGAUCUUGUCGAGAAAUUGGGUGGGGUCUUGCUGGGCUACAUUUUCUUGCUGGAAUUGGAAUUCUUGAAAGGGCGGGAGAAAUUGGGAGCACCUGUGCAUUCUCUGCUGACGGAGAAGGAUAUGGAGGAAAAGGACUGA